AUGACUGCCAAUUACCAAUCAACAAACAUGCAUGGGUCACCAGCCGAAAUAUUUAAUGUUACUGAACGAAAACUCACUGGUGCAAGUUAUUCACAACCAAUGAGUCGGCGAUUAAGUAUAGUACGUCGACCUUCUAUAGUAGCACCACAAAAGUCUAUAUUAUAUGAAUCAGAAUAUUUACCACAAUCAAAAGUACCACCUAAUGGUGUCGAUUCGCUUCAAUUUGAUGUUACUGACUUUGUAUGGGUAAAUGAUGUAAUUGAUGAUCAUGAUAAUACAGUGAGAACUAGAACACCAAUCUCUAAUAAUGAUCUUGAAAGAUUAAAAUUAUCUAACAUAAGUAAAAGAGCAAUAUUUGUUUCUGAACCAAUUUUAAUCGGUUUUAUUAUAUUUCCAAUAUUAGUUUUAUUUUGGGAAGCUGGAUGGAAUUUAACAUUAAUUAUGUUAAACACUUUAAAUUCAUUUAAUUCAACAUUGCAUAUACUUGGAACAAGUGAUGAAAAUGAUAACUAUUCAUAUAGAUCAUUACUAAUAUCUUAUUUUAUAUCACAACUUGUUAUAUUACUAUUUUAUCUCUUACAAGAUCAAAUCUACAAUUAUGUAAAACAUAAACAUAAACAUUGGCUAUGUCGUUAUAUUUUAUUAAAAUUGCACAUAUUUAUUCUUUCAACAACUUAUAUUGUACAAUGGGAAAUGAUGUGGACAAUAUGGGAUCAAUAUACACCUCCUGAAUGGUAUUUUGAAUUACUCCUUAGUUUUACCGCUUUUUUUGCACUUAUUGUAUUGAAUGGUCAUUUAUGUGAUUUGGUUUGUUCACCAUUUCUAAUCAGUUACGAUUCAAUUGAAUAUUGUAUACAUAUUGGUUGCCCUUUACUUACUCGAAAGAUGAGUCCAUGGACAAUAAAUCUGAUUAAUUAUGUUUUAUAUGAAUAUUUUGUAUCAAUUCUUACCAUUAUUUCAUGGAGAGGUUUUUAUCAUUUUCUAGACAAAUUCUUAUAUCCAAAUAAUACUAAUUUGUCAUCUUGUUUAUGCCUUGGUUUCGGCUAUGUCAUGUUUUUUCUGCUCAUGUAUUUUCAAAGUUAUUUGGAAGAUUUACAUACAAAAUACAAGUUUUGGGCAUUUAUUAGUAUUAAUUUUCCACAGUUUUAUCGAAAUAUUCGUCAUCUCUUAGCAUUUACAUCCUGUAUAUUAUUAUGGCGUGGUUUUUGGACUUUAUACGAUGCAUGGAUUUACAUAUUUAAAGAAUAUUAUGCAACAUAUUUGAUGUUAUAUUUUUUAUCAUUUUUUAUAUUAGCUAUCACACAAGCAUCAUCAUCUCUAAAUGGUCCAUUAAGUGAUAUGCCUGAUCAUUUGAAUAUAUUCCCAUUGUAUCCGAAUUAUUAUAUAACAUUUUUAAUUAUGAAAUGUUCUAAUAAAUUUCCAUGCUUGUUACGACGUUCACAGGAAGAUAACACAUUUACAGGUUAUACUGAUACUGAUCAAAUUAAUCCAAGCUAG